GGUGCAGAGCGCCCUCAUCCUCAUUCAGCGCAAGCGCAAGUGGGACGAACAUGGCUGCGAGCUGCUGGCGCGGCUGCAGCAGGUGGGCAUCGCGGCCCGCUGCCCGCAGGACGGCGUCGCCGGAGGGCCCCCGCCGCGGCGGGCCGAGGCCCGCGGGGCCGGCGCGGCGGCCAGCCCUCUCGGACGACCUCGCAGUGCGCGCCGCUCCCCGCGGGAGGUUCGGACUGACGCCGCUCUGGCGGAGGACGGCUUCGGGGGAUCUCGGAGGGUCUCGGAGGACAUCCAGGUCCACUUGGUGGACGAUCCAGGAGAGCAACGGCAGGAGGCAAGAUGCGUGCGCCGGCAAGCCAUGUUCCAGACGACGACUGGAAACCCCUCAGCGCAGGCACCGUUCGGGGAACCGAGGCCGCGGGGGCCAGCCGCGAGAGUCCGGUGCCAGCGGCCCUGCCGAGAGCUCCAGGCCCCGCAUCGCGAGAGGACCACGGCGCCAAGUGCUGCAGCGCCGACGGCCCGCUAGUAAGGUAGCAGGCCCCCAGCUGUCGGGGCGGGCGCGUGCACGCCCAGAGGUCCGACGUCGUGAUUUUGUUCACUGCGGGGUCUCCGGAAGUCUCAAC